AUGUGCAACAAUAAUAAUAAAAUGGGUAGCGGGAAGUUUGGACUGAGCGUUAAAAAGGAAAAAGUGAACAUGACGGAGGCUAAUAAGACUGAGUUUAGUGUUAAGGAAAAAUGCCGCAAGUUAAAGAAGAAACUAACAAAGACUGAAAAAAUGAAGACUGAAACGAAUUCAAAGGAGAAGACUAUAUGGUGGAAUCAGUGCAGCAGUUUAAGCGAAAUAGAUCAAUAUCUAUGGAUGGUUGGAGGUUCCGCCGGUGCAUUGGCACUAACUGGUGUCGCUGCAGCAUCAGCCUUCUAUCUCAGCACAAGGCCGAAACCAGAGAAGCCUUUAGUCACGUUACACGAACAAAGCCUCUUGGAGACGUUUAAAAUGGCGUGCUGCGACUGCUGUAUCGGGGUUGCACCCAUACGACCACCAAUAAACCUCAACGAACAAUCUGACUCUGUUAAAGGGCCUGAAAUGGUGCGUGUUUCAAAGUUCUAUAAAGAAGCGAAAAACGGCCGUUACCUGAGAUAUUUGCACGAAGACACUCGUACUUUGUAUGAAACUUUUAGACGCGGUGUGAAAGAAUCUAAUAAUGGCAACUGUCUCGGUUGGCGCGAGGGACCAAAUAAACCUUAUGUGUGGCAAACAUACAAUGAGACCCUGCUGCGUGCCAAGAACUUCGGCUCAGGUCUUAUAUGCCAAGGCCUUGUCCCGGGUCAGGGCACCUUUGUGGGGAUAUACGCACAAAAUUGCCCCGAAUGGAUUAUGGCCGAACAAGCUGCAUAUUGUUAUUCAAUGGUUAUAGUCCCACUGUAUGAUACCUUAGGAGCCAAUGCAUGUGCCUUUAUUAUUAACCAAACCGAAAUGUCCGUAGUUGUAUGCGAAGACGAUAAGAAAGCCAAUCUUCUCCUGGACCAGUCGCCCCGGUGUUUGCGUAAACUGAUCACGAUAAAGGAAGUAUCGCCGUCUACACAUCAAAGGGCAAAGAGUCGUGGUGUUGAAAUUAUUAAGUUUAGUGAUGUAGAGAUACUAGGAGCGCAGAAAGAUCACCCAUGUGUUCCUCCAAAACCCGAAAAUCUCUGCACAAUCUGCUACACAUCUGGCACGACUGGCAUGCCGAAGGGAGUGAUGCUGAGCCACGAAAACGUAGUCGCCUCGAUGUGCAGUGUUACUAUGCAACUAGGGGAACAUCGCCCAACCAAAAAUGAUGUCAUGAUCUCCUUCCUACCACUCGCGCAUAUGCUCGAGCGGUGCUGUGAGAACGCUCUCUAUAUGGUAGGCGGAGCUGUAGGUUUCUACAGCGGUGAUAUCAGAAGAUUAGGCGAUGAUCUCGCUGCGCUCAAACCAACCAUGAUGCCAGCUGUUCCCAGACUAUUAAACAGAUUAUAUGAUAAGGCCCAAAAUGAAAUAUCAAACUCUAAAAUUAAAAAGUUACUAUUCAACAUGGCCUUAUCAGCCAAGGAGUCUGAACUAAAGAGGGGUAUAAUCCGAGGCGAUUCUAUUUGGGACAAACUGGUAUUCCGCAAAGUCCGCGAAGGUAUGGGCGGGAGGCUACGUAUUAUAGUGGUGGGUUCAGCCCCGCUUGCUGGAAAUGUUUUGACCUUCGCGAGAUGCGCUCUUGGAUGCCUGAUCGUGGAAGGCUACGGUCAGACAGAGUGCACUGCGCCUGUCACUCUAACAGUUCAGGGAGAUCACGUGCCUGAACAUGUUGGGCCUCCCGUCGCUUGUUGUAAAGUGAAGUUGGUGGACGUCCCAGAAAUGGAGUACUAUGCGGCUCAAGGUCAAGGCGAGGUAUGCGUGCAGGGUGCCAAUGUGUUUAAAGGUUACUUCAAGGAGCCAGAGAAGACCAGACAGGUCAUUGACCAGGAUGGAUGGCAUCAUACUGGAGAUGUCGGCAAGUGGAUGCCGAAUGGAACUUUAAAAAUUAUCGACAGAAGAAAACACAUCUUUAAACUAUCUCAAGGAGAAUAUAUUGUGCCAGAAAAGAUUGAAAACAUUUACAUUCGAAGUCAGUACGUCGAACAAGUCUUCGUGCAUGGUGAAUCAUUAAAGUCAUGCGUAGUGGGUAUAGUUGUGCCUGAUGUGGAUGUAGUGAAAUGCUGGGCGCUUGAGAACGGUAUAAAGGGUACAUUCUCAGCUCUAUGCGAGGACGAGCGUGUUAAGAGCAUAAUUCUCGAAGAUAUGCUACAGUGGGGACGCAACGCUGGCCUUAAAACUUUCGAGCAGGUCAAAGACAUAUAUUUACACCCCGAUCCAUUCUCAGUUCAGAAUGGUCUUUUGACCCCCACGAUGAAAGCGAAACGACCCGAGAUCAGAAACUAUUUUAAACCACAAAUCGACGAUAUGUACAAAAAACUCGAAUAA